AUGUAUCGGCCGUUUACCAGUAGCUCAGAUGAUAUCAACAAUACAGUAUUGUUGUAUUACAAGCGAAGGAACAUUUUAGACCCCUUCAGCUUAAUUAUAAAUCAGAAAUCCCCGCCCGAUAGGUAUGAGGGUGGGCGGGGCGAGUCUGGUGGUAUAUUUAACUGUCUUGUUCCCCCCUCGGCAUCGACAUCAACGAUAAUUCCAAGCACAAAUCGCGUGUUUAAAUUUUUGGAACAAAAGACGUAUUCAUCCCGCGAUGAGCAAAGUACUCCUCACAGGUGGAUCAGGCUUCCUUGCCGGUAUACAUCUUUGAAAAUUUGUGCCUCUCACAUCCUGGACAUGUUGGUCCAUCGAGGAUACGAGGUAGUUACCACUGUGCGGUCCGAAGAUAAGGCCUCCAAGAUUCGCGAGGCGUAUCCUAAUGCCAAACUAUCUGUUGCUAUCGUACCAGAUAUAGCGCAACCCGAUGCCUUUGAUGAGGUAGUCAAGAUUUCAGGCCUCGAUAUUGUACUACACACCGCCUCUCCAUUCCAUUUCAAUUGGUCAGAUGCGAAGUCGGAACUCUUGGAUCCAGCAAUCACGGGAACCACAUCUAUUCUCAAGGCUAUCAAGAAGUAUGCCCCUAGCGUUAAGCGGGUCGUCGUGACCAGCUCGUUCGUCUCAAUGCUUUCCGUCGAAGGGCUUUUGGAUCCCAAUAAAGUCUACAGUGAAUCCGACUGGAACCCCAUAACGUAUGAGGAUGGCCUGAGCGGUAGCAAGGUGGACGCGUACAGAGCAUCUAAGACUGUUGCAGAGCGGUCUGCAUGGAAGUUUGUUGAGGAGGAGAAGCCCAACUUCGACCUUGUCACCAUCUGCCCUCCACUCGUCUUCGGGCCAAGUGUGAGCCUGAGCUCACUCUCGGCCAUCAACACCUCCAAUGAGCGGUUUGUCGAGCUCAUACAAGGAAAGUGGAAGAACGAGAUCCUCCCUUCCCUCGGUGUCAAUUUAUGGGUCGAUGUUCGCGAUGUGGCAUUUGCGCACAUUGCGGCAUUCGAGAAACCAGAGGCUGGCGGAAAGCGAUUCUUCUGCGUGUCAGGAAAGUGUAGUAACCGAGAGAUAGCGGCGGCAGCGCGAAGGAAUUUUCCUCAACUGAAGGAUAAGUUUCCCUCGGAGGAGACGAAGGGUGGUGAUUACCCGCCUGUGGUUCCUGGCUAUGAUAACUCCAGAGCAACCAAGAUACUGGGCAUUGACUGGAUUGAUCUCGAGAAGAGCACUAUUGAUAAUAUCAAGAGCCUCCUGGCUGCUGGUGCUUAA